AUGUCAAACACGGCGGCUACUGCUUCUAGUGCUGGUAGUGCUGCUAGCGGUGGAACUACUGCAUCAACUGGUGCGGCCACAACAUUUGUCGACCGCAUCGACCCAUUCACAAAGAUAUCUGUGUUAAAACGCAAAACGAAGCGUUCACAGGGCUCAUCGUCUUCUUCUAGAUACCGUACGUGUUCAGACGUUGAAUUACAGCCUUUACCGUUGUUAAAGGAUGUAACUGCUCAGGAACAAGAAGAGUUAAUGAUAAGAAAACUCCGACAGUGUUCAGUGCCUUUUGAUUUUAUGGAUCCCAUGGCGGAACUCAAGGGCAAGGAAAUAAAGCGUGAUACACUUAACGAACUGGUUGAUUAUGUAUCAACGUCACGGGGUGUAUUGACAGAAAAUAUGUAUCCAGAAAUCAUUAAAAUGAUUUCUUCAAAUUUAUUCAGAACACUGCCACCCAGUGAUAAUCCAGAUUUUGAUCCUGAAGAAGAUGAUCCGACAUUGGAAGCGUCAUGGCCUCAUUUAACACUUGUUUAUGAAUUGUUUUUACGCUUUUUGGAAUCGCCUGACUUUCAACCAGCCAUUGGCAAGAAAGUCAUUGAUCAGAAAUUUGUCUUGCAGCUCCUUGAAUUAUUUGAUACGGAGGACCCACGGGAGAGAGACUUCCUCAAGACUGUGUUGCAUCGCAUUUAUGGAAAAUUCCUGGGCUUGCGUGCUUUUAUUCGCAAGCAAAUCAACAAUAUAUUUUUAAGGUUCAUUUAUGAAACAGAACAUUUUAAUGGUGUUGGUGAACUAUUAGAAAUACUAGGAAGCAUUAUCAAUGGGUUUGCACUCCCCUUGAAGAACGAACACAAGCAGUUCCUGGUUAAAGUGCUCAUACCUCUGCACAAAGUCAAAUGCUUAAGUCUGUACCAUGCACAAUUAGCAUAUUGUGUAGUUCAAUUUAUCGAAAAGGAUAGCUCUUUAACUGAAUCUGUCAUUCGAGGCCUACUCAAGUAUUGGCCGAAAACUUGUAGCCUAAAAGAGGUUAUGUUCCUCGGUGAAAUGGAAGAAAUACUCGAUGUUGUUGAACCAUUACAAUUUCAAAAAAUUGAAACUCAUCUAUUUAAACAAAUCGCUCGUUGCGUAUCCAGUGCUCAUUUUCAGGUUGCCGAACGAGCGUUAUAUUUGUGGAACAACGAAUACAUUAUGAGUCUGAUAGAAGAAAAUAACCAGACAAUCAUGCCAAUCAUGUUUCCAGCGUUAUACCGUAUCAGUAAGGAACAUUGGAAUCAAACCAUUGUAGCAUUAGUUUAUAAUGUACUGAAAACAUUCAUGGAAAUGAAUAGUCAACUUUUCGACGAAUUAACUGCUAAUUAUAAAGCAGAACGGCAAAAAGAGAAGAAAAAGGAAACUGAACGUGAAGAAUUGUGGAAACGAUUGGGACAACUUGAAAUAUCAUCUAGCGGCCGUGGUAAACCAUCUGCAGCAUCACUAAUAUCAGUAGAUAAUAACAACAAGACUAGUAGUAACAAUAGUUUGGAUUCUGUUCAAACAGCUGUAACAACUGCAACAGCACCAAUAGCAGCGGCACCAAUAGCAGCAUCUCCAAUUGCAGCGCAGCAACAGUAG